AUGUUGGUCCCAGCAAUGUCGAAAUCACCAACUCUACCCACUGAUAUUGGACAGAGCGGCGGCUUCGAGGAAAAGCCGACAGUGAGAGAGAAGAAAUGGUAUCAUCCGCUGAAGGUGUUCGGGAUUUUGGUGGAUAAUUGGUUCUUGAUUGGGAUUGGGGUAUCUAUAGUUUUAGCUUGGAGGUUUCCUAAUGUCGCUGCUGAUGGAGGGGUGAUUCGAUCUGAAUAUUCAAUCAAAUACGGCGCAAUAUCAAUCAUAUUCUUAAUUACAGGACUUACAUUAUCGACUUCAGCUUUAUAUCGACAGUUUCGUAAUCUCAAAUUACAUCUCUUCACUCAACUAUUCUCUUUCUUGUUUUUCCCCGCGAUCGUCUUUGCUAUUGUCAGUAUAGUAAAUGCGGCUCAAGGUGAUGAUUCGGAAGGAAGUGGGAAGAUUGAUAAAUUCGUGUUGGCUGGUAUGAUAGUCAUGGGAGUCAUGCCAACCACUGUCGCAUCAAAUAUAUCAAUGACUAGAAUGGCAGGCGGGAAUGUUGAAAGUGCGACCAUAGAAGUAUGCAUAGGUAAUCUGCUAGGAACAUUUAUAACCCCCUUGCUAUGUUCAGCAUUCUUUUCUUCGAAUACUUGGUCAUUUGCUAGACCAGUGGCACAAGGCGGAGGAUCAAGUUCAGAUGGACUGAAAGAGAUCUAUAGGCAAUUAGGAAAACAAUUAGGUUUGGCCCUGUUCGUUCCCCUUUUCGUCGGUCAAGUGAUUCAGAACGUUUUCCCUAAACAAACCAAAUGGGUUUCGAACAAAUUGAGGUUAGCUAAAAUAUCCACUUUCUUUCUGCUUUUAUUAAUAUGGUCCGUGUUCUCGACUCAAUUCAAAGAACAAGCAUUUGAAGCCGUCUCAACAGCUUCUAUAAUCUUCCUCGUAUUUCUGAACCUAGCUUUAUACGCUGUAUUCACCAUCAUCUGCGUCUUUCUCACCCGCCUUCCAUUUCUACCACCAUCUCUUUCGACCGAUCACAUAGAUAAAUCACCUAAAUGGAGAACAAUCAUCCACUCCCUUAGAUUUAGUAAGAAGGAAUCCACCGCUAUAUGCUUCUGUGCAGUUGCAAAAGGUAUGGUAGUCGGUGCACCCACACUGAGUAUUCUAUAUGGUGGAUUUCCUGAUCAACAAAAAGCUAUCUUGUCAAUACCGUUAGUUCUAUAUCAAGGUCAACAAGUUGCUGUUGCUCAGAUACUAGUAUACUUCUUCAAGAAAUGGAAUGACAAACCGGACAACCUGUUCGCUCAUCGAGCUAGACCCGAUCAAAAUGUGGAAUCCAGUGAGCAGAGCAGCUUGGAACAAGGCGAAGCAAGACGAUCAGAUGCAUUGGAGAUUGAGAAAAGCCGAGAUCCGUGA